CUUUGGGGGCACGAUGAAAGUUAAUAUCAUAAUUAGCUUUCUUAUGAGCAUUUCAAUCCGCUAACACACAUGCUUGUUCUGCGAUUGUCUUCACUAUUUCUCCGAGUGUGGCCUGCAUAGCAAGGCUCCGGGGGCGGAGCUUGGAUUUGUGACAUAGGAAAUCUCACUGAAUCUGAUCCUGCUGUUUGAGUCUGCCAAAGAUUCACAGCGAUUUGAAUGCAGAGAUACUCAGAAAGGCAAUUUUACUCUUAUUUUUCUCAUGACAUGUCCUGUAGCGUUAGAAAAAAUGCCAUAUGAAUGUGUAAAAAACAAGAAAAACAUGAUAUUCAUUGGAGUGGGUCUUUAAAAUACAGUUCCUGCUCAGUACCUUUCACAGUUUUCCAUCCUGGUGUAGAGAAGCAGAUAAGUGUUUUAGUCUCAUCAACAAUUUUGCACGAAUAUGAAUGAAAAGUUUGAGAGAUGAAAGAAAAGUGGUACAAUUUCUAGAAAGGGCAAUGACGCAGGAAAGUUGUAUAAGAGUGUUUUAGAAGUCUCUUUUUUUCUGAGUGUACACCAAGUGGAGAUGACUUUCUACAGUGGACGGCCUCAUCUUUCAGUCAGGUCACCAACGAUAAACGCUAUGAGGGAAAUGAAUUCAUCCAUAAGCAUUUCUACUUUUUGCUAAGUGCUGUAAAUUAUCUCCGGCUAACUUUAUGUCAGGGCUAUUUUAUAGGCAGCACUUGUGGAAAAUCGUCAUCUGCGUCAUUACACCCACUCUAUAAUUCGAGCAUCAAAUAUCUUUGUGCAAAUAUGUUUUCAAUGCUUAAACCAGGGAGGUUUUUUGCACCGAUGUGUGCUAUCACCUUGCUGCACAGACGGCUAUUUGAAUGAGGUUUCAGAAAACGACUGUGUCUCAUUUUAAAUGCAGUCAGAGCGCUGAGUGGUUAACCUUUAAUGCUCUCCUGUAGGACACUAAGCCAUAGGACAUGUUAAUGUUUAAUACGCCCUAAACAGUGUAAAGAACAUGUCUUCUCGAAUUGAUAGAGACCAAAUGGAGUGAUUUCAGUUCUUCAGAGGGAACUUAUGCAACCAUUAGUAUGCAAAAGCGGUUCAUGAAAAAUAAAUCAUGUGUUCACACCUUCUGUCUGUUCACAUAUCAAACCUGACAACACAGGCAGAGCACAACUGGUCAUGGUAUUUAGUUCUCCACACAGGCACAUAAUAAUGAAUGCAGUGAAUUCAAAAUUACAUGCAUUUAAAUCAAAAACCCAUGUACUUAACAUUUAAGCAUGUAUUUGAUAUCCAUUUGCACAUGAAAUUAAAAAAUGACUCCUACGAUAAACACCGUAUUACAGUUCCAUGUCACAUCGUUGUUUUGUUUCCUCUUUUGCAUGUCGUUUCUGUUGACUGUCACACCUGAAAUGCAUUGUGAGAAACUAGCCUCCAGUGAAUUAAUUAGUAACCUUUGAAGGUGUUGAAAUACUUGACACAGCGGGGAAAUCUGUCCACGAAGAGCAUCAAAGAAGCAACAUGUCGGGAAAGACAGACGCACCUUUGGAAAAACCUGCAGUCACACCCGAUCCUGCAGACAUGGAGGGGUCCAGUGACAGGCUCUUUUGCUGCAGGUGGGUGCGCGACAGGAUCCCGCUGACCCACAGAGAAGAACUGUACCACAUCCUGAGGAUGACAGGGCCUCUGGUAAGGAUUGGCUCUGUUUGCACUCGCUCCCUGCUCCUCCAUUAUGCUGAUAUAUUCCAGACUGAUGAGAUUGUCUGAAGGUGUCAGGGAAAAUUGACUCUCUGUUUGAGUUUCGGAAUGAACAUCAGUCAAACAUGGUUAUGUUUGCUGAGUCUGAAAAGUGAUGACAGUGUGACACAUUUGCUGAGAGAGCCAUGCUAAUUCAUGACAACUUUUAAUUACUGUCCUGUCCUGAAUCAAAUGUUACCAACAGUCUCCAUCAACUACUUUGUCUGUGUUUGUCUUUCUAGCUGUUUUCUCGAAUCCUCAAUUACCUGCUUCCAUUUGUGGUUACCAUGUUCUGUGGACGUUUGGGAAAUGAUGUGAUGGCUGGUUAUGGAUUAGCCUCUGCUGUAAGUUUGUCACUGUGCGCACAAAGAGAAAAAGACCCUCAAAAAAAGUGUCGUUUCAGCAGAGGAAACUAAAUGAAACAAUUGCAACCUCAUGGCUUUGUGACAGCUUUUACAAUUCUUGUUAAUUCAACCAAUCUCAGCUCAUUGUAAAGAAAUACUGCUUUCUAAAACUCUUUCUUUGUUCAUUUCAGACGAUAAAUGUUACCACUGCAGCCACAGGAUGUGGUCUGGGACUGGCAUGUGACACUCUGGUGUCUCAGGUUUGGAAAAACUUUUUGUCCUUUCACCCACAAUUCAAGAGAUAGAACUCAGCUGUUCAUUACUCUGUUUUCUGGAAUGAUUAACACUCUGUGUGUGUUUUGUUCUGCAGACAUUCGGAGGUAAGAACCUGCUGCGAGUGGGAGUGAUUCUUCAGCGGGGCAUUAUCAUCCUGAUGUUAUUCUGUCUGCCCUGCUGGGGUCUUCUCAUUAACGCUGAGGCCAUCCUGUUAUGCAUGGGCCAGGACCCUGAGGUGACCAGGUGACAAACACCAACAUAAAUACAAAACAAGUUAAAUCUCUGAUUCUGUCUCAACUAACUUGUUGUUUUCUUUUCCCUCUCACCAAAAAUAAUAAAAAUAAAUAACUAAAAUAAUAGACGCAGACAGAGUGUGAUUGUCACUGAUGCAUUAUCAAACCCAUGAGGCUGCAGGGUUCAGCUGGACCAUAUGUCUGAUUAAAUGGGAUUACAUGACAUCCCCUCCAUCGGCUAUCUAGUAAUCUUUUCACUGCACAGCUGUACAGGUGAGGCAGGACAACUUCAGCAAAAUACUUGCAGCUGAAGGUCAGAAGGUACAAGUAUGUGGGCGUGCAUAUCGGCGCCAUAUCUUAAUGCAAGUAUCAGUAAUAACUUUCCAGACUGUCCCUUUCUUGUUUAUUUAUAUAAGAUGCAGUUUAAUGAUGAUUUCACUAAUAUUAGCUGCUAUUUCUGAAGUCUUUGUCGGAUGUAGUGGUCUUCUGCAUCUCAUAAUGGGACAUAUUUCUUCCACUGGCCUGAAGGUGGUCAUGCAACAGCCUUUUGAACAAAGUCUGCAGUAGACUAUGUUGAUUUUAGCCUGAAGUAACAGAAGAGGUCAGAAUGAACAGAUUUUCAUUUUUUAAAUCCUUCUACACUAAUAAAUCAAUAAAAAGAUUUGUCGCCCAGCCUUACUUUGCCCUGUUGACUUUUAAAGCAUGAGUCCUGCAUGUUUUUGGAGAUUCACAGAUUCCAGUACCUGGUCUUCAGUUUGAGUUUAGUCCAGUAACGCUCCUGCAAUGAAAGACUGUGCAUAACGUUGAUAGAAAACACUUCCUGUUGCUAUUUUUCUGCUUUGACAAACACUCUCUGCUGUUUUUGUCAUUGUCACACAAUAUUUUAAAGCAAAUUGUCUUUUUCAUUGAAUUGCAUACUCACUAAUAUCUAAAUUUAGACAUUAUUGAAAUGCAAAACUCAAUCUUUGCAUCCAAAAACAUCCACCAGGAACUUCUAGUAGCAUAUUUACGCAUUUCAUCCACCACUGUUCUGCACCCAAUGUCAAGGCUGCUCAGUUUUACAUAACUUUUUAGGAGUGUUUACCUUGGCACGAAGGCCGUUUCUUUCAAUUUCCAUGAAUAUGUCUUUGAAUAGAGAUGAUUGAGCUUGAACUUGUGACAUCUAAGUGUGCAGUAUUUCAAUAAUUCAUAUCCUUAAAUAAGAACUCUGCUUUUUCAUUCCAGGAUUGCCCAGUUGUACAUGACGGCCUUCCUUCCAGCUGUACCUGUGAGUUGUGCCUUUUCUCAUGUCCUGAUUGUGUUAAAUGCAAUGGAUUUGUUAAAAUAUGCAAACUAUUUGUUUCUGUAUUUUUCUUUAGGCAAUGUUUCUACAUGGGCUGCUCGUGACUUACCUGCAGAACCAGGUGAGCUAAUAUCAGCAACAACUUUCCUUUAUUCUUUAGUCUGGAACCCUAUGUGUAUUGUUGAUGAAGUUAGGUGCUGUUCUGAGCAUUAUUUGUGGCUAUAGAGUGGCGUUUUGGUUGAGAUUUGUUUGUGGCUCCUCAGACUACUGUGUAUUGCUAUCGUGCGGUCAUUACUAAAGUUGGUAUAACUAGAGAAGCAAGCGGUCGGCAACAUUCAUCUCUCAAAGGGGUGUCUAACUCGGUGUUAUGGUGUGUUUGACCCUAAAUUAAUUUUACGCCGGAAUAUCCCUUUAAUAAUGUAGAGAACAAAACAAUUAAGACUGCUUUGUCCACAGGGGGGCGCCAAAGUUGACUCAAACCAAAAGUUUCCCACUGGAGCUUUAACGUAAUGAAAUUCCUGAUAUAAGAAGCAGUGGGGGGAUUACUUACUGUAACCUCUGGUUUCUGUGUCUUCAGGGGAUUAUACUGCCACAACUGUACACUGCUGCUGUUGCAAACAUAGCAAAUGCCGUGACAAACUACAUCUUACUUCACUGGCUGGAUCUGGGUGUUUAGUAGGUGAACUCGCACGACUCAUUAAAUCAUUUCACAAAUAAAGAAUCCUGCACUCUUCUGUUAAUGUUCCCUGUGUUUGUGUCUCAGUGGUUCUGCAGCAGCCAACACUCUCUCUUGGAUUUACAUCUGUGGUUUUCUGUUUGCCUACAUUUGGUGGAAGAAGCUCCAUGUGACAACAUGGGGAGGUGGGGAUUUAAUAUUCAUGGUUUGCAUAUGCCCUCAUGCAUCACCCUGUUUUACACUCCACAUAAAUAAGUUUCUCUCUCCCCCUGCAGGCUGGUCUGUGGAAUCACUGCAGGAGUGGGGCUCCUACAUGAAACUGGCCGUCCCCAGCACUUUAAUGACGUGUUUUGAGUGGUGGGUUUAUGAGUUUGGGGGAUUCUUUGCAGGUAAGGGAAGCUGUUUUGUAACUCUGUCAGUUCUGCUCUUGCAGAUAGAUGGACUCUGCUGUACAGAUUUGUGUUAUUGGAGCGUGAGUCGACUGAUUUAAUGAAACAAAUAUCUCUGACUCUUCUGUUGACCAGGAAUGAUGAGUGAAGAUGAACUGGCAGCCCAGCAUGCUGUAAUAAUGGUGGCUUUUAUAACCUACAUGGUAAGAAGCCCAAGUUUUCACAUUAUGACGUCUCAUUAGAGUGAUUCAGAUGCUUUUUAAAUGGCACAAAUAUCCUCCAAAACUUGAAUUUUGGGUGUAAGCCUUGAUAGAAGGUCAUUUUGUGUAUUAAUAGUCAAAGAUUCUGCUUCUUAAAUGUAUUUUUUUGCAUAAUGACGCAUCCAUAUAGUUCCCUCUUGGUAUUCAAGCUGCAGCGUGUGCCCGUGUGGGAAAUGCUCUCGGUGCAGGAGAAACUGCCAGGGCCAUCCUUAACGCCAAGCUGUCGUUUGCUCUCGCAGGUCAGUUAUUCACAUACGGUAGUUGUUGCCAAUUAUAAUUGAUCAAAACAGAAAGUUCAUACACGAGCUGACAGAUUUCUUCAUUUCUAGUUUGCUUCGCCGUUGUGGAGGGGGUUGUGCUUGGCUCUACCAAGACAGUAAUUGGACUCAUAUUUACCUCGGAUGAGUAAGUCCCCAAAGCUUGUUAGUAUAGAGCUGUCAAACCAUUCAUUUCUUAAAAAGUGGGAUUCAUCAUGAAAGGAGACAGAUUCAAGGUGAUUUGUUGCCAUUUGGUUGCAGUCAAUUGAUGCCAAUUUAGCAAGCAUUGUAAUUCACGUCUCAAAGUCCCACUCUGAUCGGUUUUUUAACUACUUAAAGUGUUCUCAGUGGUCUUUAAAUUGUGAUUAUGAAGUUUUUAUUAAAAAUCACGUUACCUGUGUCAUUUUUAAGGACUUUUCUUCUACAGAGCUUGAGUAGAUCAUUAGCAAUUCGCUUCUGAGUCGUGGGCGGAGACAGCAAGACAGAGACAAGGGUGGAGCUUGGAUUGGUUACAUAUGAAAUCUCACGGUUUCUAAACCUGCCGUCCGGGUUUGCCAGAGAUUCACAGUGAUUUGAAUAAAGAAAUACUCAGAAAAGCAAUUUUGCAUUUAGUUUUCUCGUGACACGUCCUGUAGCAUCAGAAAAAUGCCUUAUGAACACAGAAAAAACAAGAAAAAAUCAUUUUCGUCGAAGUGGGUCUUUUAGUUUCAUUUUGCUUGUGGCAGUGUGCACACUCUACAAUAAUGCUUUGUACUGGUCUCACCAGUAGUUAUCCAGACAGUUAAACACGUGAUUCAAUAAAUGCAGUUGAAGCCUGGACUUGUUUGACUUUUUACUGAACCAGUGUGAAACUGCAAUACAAUACAUUACAAUAUAGACAUGGAUUUCAGACAUAAAUCGCCAAAUAAUUCCCUCUUAACAACAAUAUAAACCAUUUAAACACAUACUCACAGACAAUGCGUCUUCACAGACUUGUGAAACCACGGAGGAUAAUGAGGAAAACACUCCGUAAACGCCCUGUCGGCUGCCCGUUCGCGCGAGUCUCGAUCUGCGACAACUUCCGGUUUGCGCGGGAAGUGACGUCAUCGCCGAACUAAACCGCUACUUUACCGCAGAAAAACAAUAAACAUAUGAAAACACUCAAAACGAAUUACUGUCCAUAACAUGCUUUAUGUUGCGUUUGCCUGCUGACGUUACUUUGACUGGGUGCACCUGUAUGCUUAGCUCAAACCCAAGGUACUGAAGGUUUGGGUUAACUUAUUAAUAGUGACAGCUUGACUAAUUGCACAUUAGAGUUUAAGCUCAGCUCUUUCAUGAAAAAUAAAACUUUUUCUUCUCAUUUUAGGAAGAUUGUGGGUCUGAUUUCACACUUGAUGAACGCUUACAUCUUCCUUCAGUUAUUUGACGGACUUAUAGUGAGUCGACCAGCAAAAUUUGAAGCACAUUAAACUCCAUAUUUACAGGGAUGCAAACGAACUAAUUAUACUUACUGAAUGUGUUUAUCUCCCCUUAGUGUGUGAGCACAGGCAUCUUCUUAGGCACAGGCAAACAGAAGAUACCAGCUGUGGCCAAUUUCAUCGGCUACUACUGCAUUGGACUUUCUCUGUGUGUUACUUUAAUGUUUGUUGCAAAACUGAGAAUUUUAGGUAAUUAUAUAAAAUGAUCAUAUUUUGCCGUGUUCACAGACUUUCUUAAAGAUAAAUGGCUGCAUAAAAAUUGCGGGUUGUUAUAAGCGGAGCCUGCUGUGCCUGUGAAAGACUAUUUUGUCUUUCUCUCCGCAGGUUUCUGGCUCGGACUGCUCAUUUGCGCGGUCUUACAGUCCACCUUCUACAUCACUGUCAUCUUCAGGCUGAACUGGAAGAAGAUGACAGAGGAGGUAGUCUGCAGGCUAAAUCUGACAAUCAGAGUCGUGCAGGGCCUCAGCUGUUCAGAUAUGAUGAUGAAUCUGCAGAGAAGGAUGAUUUAAACCCCCUUUUUUUAGACUGUAUGAAUGAGGAGAAAUUGGCAGUCAGGUUUUUGUUUCUGCUUGUUUGCAGGCCGUGAAACGAGCUCAGAAAAAGACACAACUGACAUUAUUAAACUCAGAACCCCUGUCAGGUAACAACGCUGCUGACCAGACAGCAAGUAAUGGGAAGGUAAGUGGCCUUUGUUCCUCACACUAACAACCUUGUUUGAUAUCGAUAUUGAGACUUUCUUAUGCCAUGUUUCCUGAAGCUGGAUUUGUAAUGAGAUGCAUCAAUUUUUCUUUCAAGUCACUGGAGGGCUACCUGACUGUGAGCACACACGAUUAUGACGGGAACAUGGAGACACAGGACGGACAUGCGGUCAAGCAGCCGAAAGUCCAUCUCUCCACCACCCAGCUGAUCAUCAGGAGAGGCCUCACCAUGUUUGCAGCCGUCGGACUUCUUGUUGUGGGAGUGUGCGUGCACUUCCUAGUGCCGUUACCAGAGAGUUCAUAUUCUGAGGGCAACUUCACUGUGGGUCUGAUCAAUACCACAUUUACCCCUGAUCAGAUAUUGACAACUGUGCUGGUUCCAGUGUAAGAGAUAGAGAGCUAUGAAAUCACUGUUGGUGCUAAAUAUCACAAUUUAAGACAUAAUUUAAGUGUUUUAAGUAACUGACAUUAAAAUUCAAUCUCUGAAAUAAAUUGUUGGUUGUUAUUGUCACAUUUUGGCGUUGUAGGCAGGAUGAAGCAUGUUAAAUCGUACAAGUUAAUUUGCAGGAGUUUGACCCUAGGUGGCGUUGUUGCCUCCUUAAUGUCAAACCAUCUUUAUAGCUGUUGGUGAUUACUGGUUGGCUCACAUGCCCCUCUUCCAAAAGUAGCUGGAAGUAUUUGAUCAAAGCACAGAGUUGGACCUAGUUAGAGAAAAAACUGUUUUACUUUUAAGGCACAGAGGGGAAACGUUUGUGUGUGGGGUGUGGGUCGCUUUUUUUCGAUCUGCCUCAACGCCUCAGUUUUUUUCAACUGCUUGUCAGAUCAUCAACCAUGACUUAAAAACAUAAAAACCAAACAUUAAUAGCCACAAAUACAGAAUGUGUAAAUCAGUUUCAGCUUAUAUCCUUAUCUGUAAGAGUGAGUGUUUAGCUGGAAACCACGGCCCUUUUUAGACUCUGAGUAAAUGUUUAAACAAAUUAAUUAGUUUUCCUCAGCUAAACAAAGACACUGCAGUGGUUGUUUCUGGAGCCAAUAAGUAGUGAUUAAAAGUCGGUGUGCAGCUUCAAUAAUUACAGGUAAAAAGAAAACGGUGAACAAGUCUCAGACCUGGACUCAGACCUGGAUUUGAGAUCCAGAUAAUCACCUGAGGAAUAUUAAGCAUUAAACGUGUCCAUACAUGUGUUUAUGAUUUUUAAGAUUUCCUCUUUCUAAACUGACCAGACCUGACAGAUAUGAUUUGGUUUCUCAUUUUCAACCAUUCAAGAUCAAAACAUUCUUGCCCUCAAGUCAUCAAUUUGAGCAUUUGUUCAGUCUGUUUUUCUUGUUUUUCACCAUCCUACUUGUCUUAGUAAAGGUUGGCAUAGUUUCACCGCAGCUUUGACCGCAGCAAGAUUUCCCUCCUUCUAACACCGCAGUGAGAAACUGUAAUAAGUACAUAAGAGAGAAGACAGCCUCUUCUUUGGAGAGCCCUGCAUUGGCAUCCCUCGAUUAGACAUGGAGGAUCUUGGGGACAAUCUCUUCUGCUGCCUGUGGGUGCACAGCAGGAUGCCUCGAGUCCACAGAGAGGAAGUGUACCUAAUCCUGGGGAUGACAGGGCCUCUGGUAAGAAUUGGCUUAGCUUACAUACUGCGCGGUGUCUGGAUUGAAGGUGCCCUUGCUGCUGAAACGCUGAGUCAUAAAAUAGAAGAUGGAUGACAGUCUUUCUUUGCCAAAGAAAAGGUCAGGAUGUCAGGAAAACAGACUGGCAGGCUUGAGACUUAAAAGCAGAAAUCAAUAGACCUUAAAUGGAGUUUGGCACAUUUCAAACUGCUGCUGGACCUGCCAAAGGAUGAAGAUGUGAGAGCUCAUCUGCCAAGACAUAGUCUGAGUGUAUGUGCGCGCACACC